AAACAUGGAAUAUUCCAGUGGUUUGAUCUUCUGCGCUUGUUUUUUCAUUCUUACAGUUUCCAUGAAUGGCUCAGUUGAAGCUUCCAAACAAUUCACAGUUGGUGAUCAUAUUGGUUGGCAGCAGCCUAGUGAUAACAACACUGAUGUGUAUGGCCAGUGGGCGACCAGUAAAAGGUUUCAUGUUGGAGACUCCGUCUCUUUCGAGUAUCGGAAUGACUCGGUCCUUUUGGUGGAUAAAUGGGAUUAUUAUCACUGUAACUCGAACAAUCCCAUCUAUUCGUUUAACGAUGGAAACACUGUCAUCAAUCUCGAUAGGGCCGGAUUCUUCUACUUCAUCAGUGGAAUCCUUGACCACUGCAAGAAUGGCGAGAGAUUGAUGAUCCAGGUGAUGGGUUUACACCAAAGACCCGAACCUACACCUGCCGUUGCGAAUCCGCAUGAGGUUGGGCUUGCACCAGGGCCACAUCCUAGUUCAGGAAUAGUAGUUACUGCAGCUACACUUGCUUCAGUCUUUCUAGCUCUUAUUGUCACUGUUGUAGCUCUGGAAUGA